ACCGAGCCGAGCCGGCAGCCGUUGGAAAAUGAAUGAUAUGCAGUUCGAGUAGUAAAAUCAGCAGGCAGGCGGCGUGUACACACUGUGUUUACCGGCUAAUUCAAGCUACUGCGGUAAUAUUUUACUGGACGUGGAACUACAAAAAGUUUACCGUUUAUAAAGGAAAAAAGGGCACAGAAGUUGUUCCCACAGAGAUGCAGUUGACCGUGUGUGAACCCACCACUGAAGCUGUGGUAAUCAUGGAUCCUCCCAGAGCUGACGGCUUCCUGGAGUCGUCCUGCGCAGCCUCUCUGGACGGAAAUGUGGAUACAGCCAAUGAUUCUUCAGAGGAAGAGUCCACAGGGGAAAGGGAAGAGGACAUUGCUGUCCAUAAUGAAGCUGCCAGCAGCACUAAGAUGACAGAGGUCCCUGCCGAGCAGGCCUCAAACACACAAACAGUGAACACCCAGCGCCCAAACUCCCUGUCGGUUCCGGCAGCAGCAGACCCCGGCCUUUGGACAUCACAGGGUGAUACAGAGGUGAAACUGAGGAUGGGUGACUCUGGAGUUGCUGCUGAAACUCCACUAACUAUCCACCAGAUGUUCACCUCAGCUGUGCAGCGCUUUGGCGACGUCACAGCACUUGGCUGGAAGGAAGGCGAGCAGCAGAAGAGCCUUAACUACAGAGAUUACUACCAAAAUUGCCGCAUUGCCGCUAAGAGCUUCCUUAAGCUUGGUUUGGAGCGCUACCAUGGCGUUGGCAUCCUGGGCUUCAAUUCGCCUGAGUGGUUCAUGGCUGAUAUUGGAGCUAUUUUUGCAGGUGGAUUUGCUGUAGGCAUCUAUACCACCAACUCUCCUGAGGCCUGCCAGUAUGUAGCAGAAAACUGCAAGGCCAACAUUAUUGUGGUGGAGAACCACAAACAGCUGCAGAAAAUCCUACAGGUUGAAGACAAGCUUCCACACUUGAAAGCCAUUAUCCAGUACAAGGACGCACUUAAAGAGAAGAGACCAAAUCUGUACUCGUGGGCGGAGUUUAUGGAGCUGGGGCGUCAUGAGCCCGACGCUCCCCUUGACGUGAUCAUCUCCAGCCAGAAACCAAACCAAUGCUGCACUCUCAUCUACACCUCAGGAACCACAGGCCAGCCCAAAGGAGUCAUGCUGAGCCAUGACAAUCUGACAUGGACUGCACUCUCCAUCAGCAUUCACUUGAAACUGACAGAGGCCCCUGAGGCUCAGGAGGUGGUGGUGAGCUACCUGCCGCUGAGCCACAUCGCUGCUCAGAUGGUGGACAUCUGGUCCACCAUGAAGGUUGGAGGGGCGACCUACUUCGCUCAGCCAGACGCCCUCAAGGGCUCUUUGGUAAACACCUUGAAAGAGGUGCAUCCUACUGUCUUCAUGGGUGUCCCUCGUGUCUGGGAAAAGAUGCAAGAGAAGAUGAAAUCUGUGGGAGCUAAGUCUUCGACUGUGCGCAGGAAAGUGGCUGCAUGGGCCAAAGAUGUCGGACUGCAGACUAAUCUCACCAAGAUGAACCAAAAUGGAGCUGUCAGCCACACUCCUCUUACCUAUCGUGUUGCCAAAAAGCUCGUAUUCAAAAAGGUGCGUAAGGCUCUGGGCUUGGAACGCUGCAAAAAGUGCUUCACAGGCGCCGCACCCAUCACCAAAGACACCCUGGAGUUCUUCCUCAGUUUGGAUAUUCCACUGUAUGAGCUGUAUGGCAUGAGUGAGAGCUCUGGACCUCACACCAUCUCCCUCCCUGAUGCCUACAGACUCACUAGCUGUGGCGUUGAGCUCCCAGGGUGCAAAACAAAGCUGCACAACCGAGAUGAAGAGGGAAACGGUGAGAUCUGCUUCUGGGGACGCCAUGUCUUCAUGGGUUACCUCAACAUGCCCGAGAAGACAGAGGAGGCUCUGGAUGCAGAAGGCUGGCUGCACUCAGGUGACCUGGGAAAGCAUGACCAGAAUAAGUUCCUCUACAUCACUGGAAGAAUUAAAGAGUUGAUCAUCACAGCGGGGGGAGAGAACAUCCCGCCUGUUCCCAUCGAGGAUGCGGUCAAAGAAGCUGUGCCACUGAUUAGCAACGCCAUGCUGAUUGGAGACAAGAGGAAGUUUCUGUCUAUGCUGCUCACUGUUAAGUGCCAGGUCAAUGCUGUCACAGGCGAGCCAGAGGAUGAGCUGUCUCCAGAGGCUGUGGAGUUCUGCAGGCGGUUAGGCAGCAAUGCCACACGGGUUUCUGAGAUUGCAAGUGGCCAAGACAAAGCAGUAAACACCACUAUUCAGGAGGGAAUCAACAGAGUCAAUGAGAGGGCAGCCUCCAACGCUCAGCGCAUCCAGAAGUGGAUUGUGCUGAAUCAGGACUUCUCCGUGGUUGGGGGAGAACUGGGCCCCACCAUGAAGCUGAAGCGUCCGGUGGUAAUGAAGAUGCACAAGGAGCAGAUUGAGAACUUUUAUAAGGAGCUGACGACUCCGACGACUCCCGACAACCCGCUGCCUUCCAAAUAGAGCUGCUCCUGCACCUGCAACAACAUUCAGACUGUAUGUCAACAAGGAUACACUCCACCUCAUUCCUACACCUUCUGUCAUGUUC